AUGCUGUGCAGUAGCUGGCCACGUGUAGGCUUAAGGUCGCUCGGUGGUGCAAAAUUCGAAUUCCCAAGCUUUAUUUUAAACCAUUGGCGACUAAAUAAACGAAAUCACGAAUUGAAAAUCGACAUACUCCUAGACAUAUUACAACAGGAACUGUCUCUGGUUGAAGAAAAUCUUCCAAAGAUGGGAACUCCAGCAGAUACAGUAACAUAUAGUCCAUCAGCUGCACAGCAUAAUCUUGCUAUCGUCAAUUAUUGUCGUAUAUCGAUUGCAGCACUUUCUGGAUGUACAGCUGGGAUAUUAGGUUUAACAGGACUAGUUGGAUUCAUGUUUUACUUCAUGGCAAAUGGUUUUUUAUCAUUAUUAUUGCUACAAAAGACAGGGAAAUCUUGGAAUAAAUAUUUUAUUCAACGAUCAUGUUUAACUUAUGGAGGAGUAUUCGGAGAGUUAAUAACAUAUAUUUUAUUUUGGACAUUUAUUUAUGGAAUGGUUCAUGUUUAUUAG